AUGUCGAUCCGCAGCUGUCAAUAUCAGCCUGCGUCUAGCUUGAUCAUGGCCCUUCUCAUGCCGGGCCCUAGCCACGCAUCAUCGAGCGGCAAGCCGCGUUGGCCCGGCCUUCGCAACUGGCUACGCUCCCUCCCUUCGCGCAUCGCCAGUUCACGCAUCGCCAAGAGCUUCACCGGGGAACAGCCGAGCGAGAAGCCCACCUCAGCAACAACGGAGUCAGAAUCAGCAGCAGCAGCAGCAGCAGCAACGGGAGGAGAAGGAACAGAAGCAGCAAGCAGCCCCAAGCAAAGAUGGUACGGACCGAACCGGUUACCGCUGCUGUCCAGGCGGGAGAAGACGGCCACGAUGCACUCGUAUGUGAACCGCCCCCAGCGCCACUUCCGCCUCACCCGCCGUCCCACCCGCGCGUCCCUCUCCGCGCCGCCCCCGACCCCCAAGCGCUCCAUAUGCGAGCUCCUCGGGCACCUCCUCUGCCAGCGCGGGCGCCGCGCCUGCGGACGCGUCACCCUGGCCACCAUCAGGCGGCUCACCCCCUCGGAGCGCGCGUACGUCGCCUCGGCGGGCGCGCACGCGGCCAAGCGCAAGGACGAGAUGGCGCGGGACCUGAGCGGGCUGAGCGCCCAGAUCGCGGCCGUGGAGCGCAAGCUCGACCUCUACGAGCGGGUGCGCAACGGGCUGCUCUUCCGCCGGGCGCAGCUCAACGACGCCGAGACGGAGCGCCUGCUGAGGGUGCGCACCGAGGCCUCGCAGCUCCAGGCCCAGCUGAGGGCGCUGGAAUGGCGCAAGGACAUGGUCGGGGAGGACGUGCUGGAGGCCCAGGACCUGGUGACCUUUGCGAGGAGGGUUGCGGCGUAUACACCCUCCUCCCGGCGAUGA